AUGGAACUCAAACGCAAAUCGCACAUCUGUGAGGGUGUAGAAGCGGCUGUUGCGGAGGCCAUACGUCGGGAGCUCCGUAACCACGAUGAUAUCGCCAGACUGGUCUGGUGGGCCAGCACCUUCAACAGGGCUGACCUCACCGGAGCCGCUCGAGUGAACAGGCCCUGGAUGGCAGACAGGCGCAUUGCGGCACAACUUGUCGCAGUAGACCUGGAGGCAGCAGCGCCGCUCAUUGACUCCGGGACGCUCACGCUGCACCAGAGAGGCACCGUCACCAAGGGAGUCGCUGUUCUGAUGUUCGCGCAAUGCACUAUACUGCUCAAGGACGCUCGACAUGCAUGCAGAAGGGCCUACAACAACAACCAUAGCACGACUGCCACAGCCACCCUACCGCGCUCGAAGACCAGGGGGCGGCAUUUCGCCUCGGCAGCAACGCCCGAGCACAUGCUCGAGCCCCUGUGGAACAACACUGCCAACGGCGUUCUGAAGGAUACAAAGCUAAGGAUAGAGUGCCUCGACACGCGCAUGAAAACCCCGAACGCACACGAUGGCUUCGCUUACAACAAAAUCAUCAUGGGAGUGGGCAUCUACAGCCAAUACGAGUUCGACGAGCAGAACAACAUAAGGAAGCAGCUAACCCAAGUUGUGAAAUGGAACGCUCCCGCGGCGGCAAAGUCCCUGGCGUCCGGUCUGUUAGGAAUCGACGAUGUAAUGAGUGAUGUACCAGCGCUCUGCAACGGUAGGUUGCGCACAUUCAGCACUAAAGUCACAACAGCACCAUCCAACCCGCCUCGAGAAAGCACAUAUCUACAUGACCUCGACGACGAAGUCGACGGCCAUGAACGCGUGCAACUCAAGAAGAUCAAGCGAGCAGCACUGGAGGCAUUCGACAACUUCGUUGUCGUCCCCGCCGAACACUUGGUACCAAAGAAACGGGCCCAUCACUGCAAAACGGCGAGGACGGCACUGGAAGAACACGCACUCAAACAGUGCGUACCACCCCACGGAACGAAGCCCAGCCAGACAUGCACAUGGUACGACAUACGGGACACGCUACUCAAGGAGUGCGAGCUAAAAUACAAAACGUUUCUCGUAACGUGCGCCGAGCGAGAACGCCAACAACAGCGCACCGGAACCGGUAAACGGCCGCGGAUAAGGCGCGGAGUAGCACAGCAAAAGUCCUUCGGUGAGAGCAAGCAGAAAUCGUACCCCCUGCGUUCCACCAAAGCGCGUGUAGGAGACACCGCGCACACCGAGCUGUUCACGUUUGUCCGUCACGUGUAUACCUAA